GCAUACCAGCUGGAAAGCUUUCCGGUGUGGUUCUAUUUUUUCCGCGUUUCCUUUUGACUCGGGAAGUACUCGCGCUGUCAUAGAGAGAAGUAACGGUGCAUGCGAUAGCCGGGCACAGCCAGUUCAUCGACCAGGAGAUUGUAGCAGCAUCGUCAGCAUGGCAGUGCCCCUACCUCCCUGCGUGAUUGACUGUGGGACGGGGUACACCAAGAUUGGGUAUGCUGGCAACACGGAGCCACAGUUUAUAAUACCAUCAUGCAUAGCGAUCAGGGAGUCAGCCAGUGUUGGAGACCAGGCUCAGAGGAGGCUUGUGAAAGGUGUGGAUGACCUGGACUUCUUCAUUGGAGAUGAGGCCAUAGACAAGCCCAACUAUGCAACAAAGUGGCCAAUAAGACACGGUAUGGUUGAAGACUGGGAUCUGAUGGAGAAAUUCAUGGAACAAGUCAUAUUCAAGUACCUGCGGGCAGAACCAGAAGACCACAACUUCCUCAUGACAGAGCCUCCCUUGAACACCCCUGAGAACAGAGAGUAUUUGGCUGAGAUCAUGUUUGAAACCUUCAACGUGCCCGGACUGUACAUCGCGGUGCAGGCAGUGCUUGCCCUGGCUGCCUCAUGGACGUCACGCCAGGUUGGAGAGCGCACGCUGACGGGCAUCGUGAUUGACAGCGGAGACGGAGUAACUCAUGCCAUCCCUGUGGCAGAGGGCUAUGUAAUUGGCAGCUGUAUAAAGCACAUCCCCAUCGCAGGCAGGGACAUCACAUACUUCAUCCAGCAGCUGCUCCGGGAGAGAGAGGUGGGCAUUCCCCCCGAACAGUCGCUGGAGACCGCUAAAGCUGUGAAGGAAAGGUUCUGCUACAUAUGUCCAGACAUUGUUAAGGAAUUCUCCAAGUACGACAUGGAUCCCGGGAAGUGGAUCAAGAAGUACAAGGGAAUCAACUCCAUCAGCAAAAGCGAGUUCCACAUAGAUGUCGGAUAUGAGCGUUUCCUCGGACCAGAAAUAUUCUUUCACCCAGAGUUUGCUAACCCGGAUUUCAUGCAGCCCAUUUCAGACGUGGUGGAUGAGGUUAUUCAGAACUGCCCCAUUGAUGUGCGGAGGCCCCUAUACAAGAACAUUGUUCUCUCAGGAGGAUCCACCAUGUUCCGUGACUUUGGCAGGCGUCUCCAGCGAGACCUGAAGCGCGUGGUGGACGCCCGACUGCGCCUGAGUGAGGAGCUCAGCGGAGGAAGGAUAAAGCCCAAGCCCAUGGAGGUGCAGGUCAUCACCCAUCACAUGCAGAGAUAUGCUGUGUGGUUCGGAGGAUCCAUGCUAGCCUCAACGCCUGAGUUUUUCCAAGUCUGCCACUCCAAGAAAGACUAUGAGGAGUACGGCCCCAGCAUCUGUCGCCACAACCCCGUCUUCGGCGUUAUGUCCUAAUGCCAGACAGGGCGUCAUACUCCAACCCUCCCGUCGUACGCGCUCAGACCAGCAUCCAAUCAUCCAAGUUUGUUCCUACCUUUGACAAGUCCCGAAGCGCUCCAGAGUGAAAGCCACGCACUUUAGCGGAAUGAGAAUGAGCUCCGAAACAAGAGCCAGAUGAUUUGUUGGAUUCAGAUCCAGAGAGUCUGGCGGAAGGGGAGUUAGCCCACACUGAAUGUUCAAUGUUCCAAAUGCAGCAUCAAAGUCAGAAAAGAAACAAAACAACAAACAAAAAACACACACACAAAAAAACACAGCGAGAGAUGAAUAGAAAGUACUUCAGGUGAAGCCAUACAAUGAUGACUGUUUUUUUUAUUUAUUUCCUGCGUUAUGUUCCCCAGCCUAAAGGUUAGCUUCAGAACCCAGUCUGCACGAGAUUGUAUUGGAAGGCACACUAAGCUUGAAUUGUAGCACUACCAGACUUAUGAAUGAAUAGAAUGUCAUGCUUUGAAAUUGUACAUACAAGACAUAGAUACAUAUAUAAAUAUAUAUUGUAUGACAAAUUAUCCUCAGAUUAGUUUAUAUUUGUAUUAAAGCAAAUAGUUUAUCAGAACCUGUGUGGGGGGGAUGGGUACGCCUAUUUAAAACAGAGUAUAUUCACAACAGAGAAUUGAUGUAUAGUGAGAGUAAGUUCAAUUCUAUUUAUUAAAUUAUUUUUGUCCAGCUCGUAUUUGAAAGAGAAAGGAUUGACUUUAACUUGUAUGUAGAAUAUUUAUCACCCAUGUGUUUUAUUUAGUCUGCUGCGGUGGAAUGGUAGACCAAUAUCACAGCUCCCAGAGUUGUAGGACUUGUGUUUGCCUGUGACUGAGAUGAAGCGUGCUGUGCAAAGCUGAGGGAAAUAAAGUCACUUCUCAAAUGCA